AUGCGCAGAAUGACGGGCCAGGCAACAGCUGAGGGAUCUCCCUGUUCUCAUCGUCUCUCUGUGAAAUCUCAGAAGGAUGAGCAGGACCGAGCAGAGAGUGUGCUCAGUAGGAGGUCUCAGUCAGUGUGUGAUGAUACGUCCUCUGAACUUCAGCGAGUAGCCGCUCUAGAGCCUCAGGAUGGGCCAUCCAGACACUCAUUUAGAGGGAGAGGAGGACUUUUCAGAUUGGUGAGUCUUGUGGUCAUUCUGAGAGACUGGGCACACAAGAGUCUGAUAGAAGAGGAGGAGAGACCAGAUUCCUUCUUGGAGAGAUUUCGUGGACCUGAAGUACGGGCCCCUCCAAGCCGAAGAAGCAACAACCAACCAGAAGCCAACGACAACACUAAAGGAACUACAAAGUAUUAUUACAGAGUACUGACAUCACAUUCACAUACUUGGACCAAUACAUACACAUGCUAAAUAAAACCUCAAACUCAAUCACAGCCUGGCCCUUACGAAAAUUAACCAUGGUUUUAUUAUAG